AUGGAAUCUUUACAAGCUGUGGCUCUGUUGGAGGAAAUGCACCACUGGGAUGGGGUUUGAGUUUUAUAGGUUUGUUCCACUUGCAGUUCACUCUCUGUUUUAUGUUGUUGGCUGAAGAUAUGAUCUUUCAGCUUCCUGCUCCAACUGCCUGCUGUCAUGCCUCCUCUUGUCAUUAUGAUAUUCAACUCUGGAAUUGUAGGCUAAAGAUAUCUUAAGUUCUGGGUCGUAGUAGUUUUAUCUCAGAAACAGGAAAGUAACCAACACAACAUUAAAGAAAGGAAUUCUUUUGUCCUGUUAAUUAAAAUGUCUAUUAGUCUAGCUGUUAUGAAAAUCAUUAUGGAUAUUCUUCAAAACCCCAAAAAUAGAACUAUCAUGUGAUUCUGUGAUACCACUUACAUAUCUAUUGGAGGAAUAGAUGAUACAUGAAUAUUCAUAUUUAUUUCAGUACUAUCCACAAUAAGCUAUAUGUGGAAUUAGCCAACCCAUAGAUCAAUGAAAGAAUAAAGGAAGUAUUGUAUAAUAGGGGUAUUAGUCAAGCAUGAAGAAGAAAAUUAUUUCAUUAGAAGGAAAAUGGGAAAAAAACCUGGAGGACAGUCUGUUAGACAAAAUAAGCCAGACUAAGAAACACAAGUAUAACAUUUCUUCCAGUGAUUGAAGAAUUUAACAUUAUGUAUAUAUAAUGAAAGUAGAAAAGAGACUAUUUUCGGCUGGGGUGACCAGUGGGAAAGAAGAAGAAGAGGGAGAGAGAUCACUGUAAUAAGCAAAUAAAUUACGUUCAUGCGUGAAAAUAUCCGUAAAGAAAACUAUUCUUUUGAAUAAUUACUAUGCUCUAAAAAGAAGUAGCUGCAACUUAUGCUUAUUUUUACAGUACUAUCUACAAUUGAAAAGAUCUGGAAUCUUCUUAGGAUCUCAUAAAGAAAUCACGAUGCAAAGGCUUUUCCUAAGGAAGGAAUAUAAAUGCUAAAGAUGGGAAGUAACAGAACAAACAGUAUGAGAACAAAGUACAUUUAUUUGCAAAUGCUGUUUCAGUUCUCUCUCUUUGCAACCACCUAUAUCUUUUGGCAGGAGCCAUAAUUCCACAGUUUUUCUUGAUGAACAUACUGAGAUAUUCAAGAUGGGCAGCAAUAGUACCAGCACUGCUGAGAGUAAUUGCAAUGCCACUAAUUUGACAUUUCAGAACUCUCUGUAUGCAACCACCUACAUUUUCAUAUUCAUCCCGGGUCUCCUGGCUAACAGUGCAGCCCUGUGGGUUCUGUGCCGCUUCAUCAGCAAGAAGAAUAAAGCCAUCAUUUUCAUGAUCAACCUCUCAGUGGCAGACCUUGCUCAUGUCCUGUCCUUACCUCUUCGGAUUUACUAUUAUAUCAAUCAUCACUGGCCAUUCCAGAGGGCCCUUUGCCUGCUGUGCUUCUAUCUGAAAUAUCUCAACAUGUAUGCCAGCAUUUUUUUCUUGACCUGCAUUAGCCUCCAGAGGUGCCUCUUUCUUCUCAAGCCAUUCAGAGCCAGAAACUGGAAGCGGAGGUACGACGUAGGCAUCAGUGCUGCUGUCUGGAUCAUUGUGGGGACUGCCUGUUUGCCACUUCCCAUCCUAAGAAGUGCUGGCUUAGCUAAUAACAGUGAAUCGUGCUUUGCUGAUUUAGGGCUUCAUGACAUUAGUAUGGCUUCAUCCAUUGGCAUGGUAACUGCAGCUGAACUUGGAGGGUUUGUAUUGCCUGUAGUAAUUAUUACGUAUUGCACAUGGAAAACAAGAAAAUCUUUACAGGAAUUCCAAGAUCCACCUCAGAAUAUUAAAGAGAGGAAAAAGGCUUUGAGAAUGGUUCUAAUGUGUGCAGUGGUAUUCAUAGUCUGCUUCACUCCUUACCAUCUCAAUUUCCCGUUCUUUAUGAUGGUAAAGCAACGUGUCUUCUCAAACUGUUCCUUUAUUAAGAGCACUCUAUAUUUCCACAUCAUUUCCUUGUGUCUUGCAAAUCUGAAUUGCUGUCUUGAUCCAGUUGUGUAUUAUUUUAUGACUUCAGAAUUUCGCGAUCAAUUUUCAGAACAUGGGAAUUUGGUCAUCCAGUCAUGUUUGCGUUGUAAAGACAGUACUCUGGAAAUUCGUCAGAGGAAGGAGAAUCUUCAGACUAUCUCUCUGGAAUGUUUGGAUGUUCCAACACAAUGUGAUGAAAUGGCUGUUUAAAGUAAUCUAUAUACAGUGUCAGUUGAGCCAUUUCAAAGUUAUACUGGGUAUCGUGAAGAAACUCGGCCACUUCUUUCAAAAUAAUGUCUACAGGCGUUCUCUAUGCCAAGAUUAUUAAUGGACUUGAGAAAAAAACUAUCUUCACACAAUGUGAUAAUCUAGAGACAUAAUCACAUAUCUGUUCCUCAGUAAUGGGACCAAUAGUCUCACCUUUAAAUGAGAAAAACAAAACACAUUACAAUCUAGUGGACAUGUACAAGUUAUGCCAACCUUAAAAAGUCUACAUUAGAAUAUGACCCUAUCUUUAUUUAGAAAACCUACACUACUUUAGCCAAUUGUUUUACAGAGUGAUGGCUUUUCACAUUGAUACAAAUUAUAGAAAUUAGCGACAGUAUAACUUAAAAUAUCUGUAAGAUUAUCUUUUUUCCCACCUCGAAGAAAAAAAUAUCAAUUUAGAUGAGCCUCUCAAAAUCACCAUUGAAUCCACAGACAAUGCGAACACCUGAAAUAGAACUGUGCUCCACGUAUUUAAAAAUGAGGUUAAAGGCUUAAGACAAAAACUCUGUCUGAAUGAUUGUGAGUUUGUGAUAUGAUACACAUUUUUGUUUACUAUCACUAAUUUGGAAAUAUUCUCAUAUAUCUUUCUUAAGAUCCACCUGGCUAGGUGUAUUAUUUCAUAUGUAACUUCACUAGAUACAUUUAAAUUGACAGGUUAAUGAAGACUCACACAACUCAUACAGUUUUCAUUUUGGUAAGAUUUAGUUGAGCCUAAUUAUUUUUGAGUAGAAUAUACGAAUGAACUGAAUCAAAUUUUAUCAUUAGUGCAGAACAAAUAUCGCCACUUAAAAAACCCUGUAGCUGAAUUAUUACUAAUAUAAAUCAUUCACACUGGAAAAUUUGAAUCUUUCCAUUUUCAAAUAUUGGGUAUCAUUAAAACGAAAUUUUAUAAAACUGUGGUUAGUUUUAUAAAUUACUGUUUUUGUCUUGUCUCUCCUUUUUUGGUGUCUACUUUUUUCAAGUAGCCUUUAACUUUUAUUAUAUUUUUCGGUUAGCAUAUAAAGGAAUGGAUUUCAUGGUGAUAUUUUCGUAUGCAUAUAUUAUCAUACUUGGUUUUUAUUUGCUCCCCACAGCCUUCCCUUGGUGACCCUCCAAUUCCUGUUGGUACCUUCCUUCCAAAUUCUCUUUUUUUGCACUCUUAAUACAAGUGUUUAUUACAUCUUGUAUUUGAUUACCUCCUUUAUCAUAUUUUGUAUGCAUCCUGUUUACAUCUCUCCUUCCCCUCUUUACUUUUAUGUUUUACAUAUAUAUUGCAUAUUAUAAAUAUAUGAUUGAAAAAUGUGAUAUUUGUCUGACUUAUUUUGCUUAACACACUGAUAUUCAGUUCCCAAAAUGUAAUUUAAUUCUUCUUUACUGAUCAAUAAAAUUCCAUUGUUUAUACAUACUACA